AUGGACGCGAACAUUGUCGCAAAUUUGGACGCACACAUGGAAUCGAACAUGGAUGCAAACCUGGAUACGAUCAUGGAUGCAACUCUGGCACGCGAAUUUGGACGCGAACUUGGACGCGAAUCUGGAGCGAACACUGGCGCGAACAUGGACUCAAACCUGGAUGCGAACAGAGACGCCAACAUGGAUGAGAACAUACGCUCUAAGUUAUACGCGAAGAGGGACGCCAAAAUGGACGCGAAUCUGGGCGCGAACAUGGACAAAAGUAUGGACGCGAACAUGGACGCGAACAUGGAAGCGAACAUAGACGCGAACAAGGACACGAAUCUAGAUGUCAACAUGACCGAGAAUAUGGUCGCGAACAUAGACGCAUACAUGACUGCAAAUAUGGAUGCUAACACGGACGCGAACAUGGACUCGAACAAGAACGCGAACAUUGACGUAAGCCUGGACUCGACCAUUGACGCAAAUGUGGACUCGAUUAUGGACGCAAAUAUGGAUGCGAACAAGAACUGA